AUGAGCAGGAUAUCGAAGCACCUCACUCUUGCUUGUGAAGCAGGUGCUGUAUAUCGGCUGCUCAAUCAAGGAGUGUCAAAGCUGGAGCUGCAGAUUCAAAAGGAAUUACUGGGAGCAGCUUCUGGCACUUCGAGCUCCACACCAGAUCCUAAGACCACGGCUCAAAUUCUGCAAGCAGUGCGGGCACGGAAGGACCAGCUCGGGGCUGUGAACGCCUCGACGGCUUUACAUCUCCUAGCGCAGAAUCCGGGUCCGACGACGGGUCUCUCGAGUACUGAAGCGGGUCUGCACAAGGAGGUCUGCUCAGAGCUCCUUGUGUCCACCGUUUCGGGUAACGCUCAACCCCGCGACCUUGCCAUCGCUGCGUGGGCAGCAGCAAAGAUGAAUCUCGGGGACGUGGCCUGCACAGAAUCUGCCCUGGAUGCCUUGAAGACUGCAAUCAUGGCCUCCAGAUCUCGCCUGGACGGACAGGACAUGGCAAACAUCGGCUGGGCCUUCGUAAGCAUGCAGCCCCAAGUGUCCAUGGAGCUUUUGGCAGCGCUUGCAGACGAGGCCACCAACAGAUUGCAUCAGUUUGAGUCAAAGCACAUGGUGGUACUGACUUGGGCACUUGCAAAAGCAAAAGUCCAUUCGGAGGACUUCUGUUGGUCUGCGGUAAGUGAGACGCAGAAGUCACGGGCAAGCAAGUGGAUGCCGCAAGAUAUCUCAAAUUUUCUGUGGGCAUUUGCUGUUCUCCGAUGUGAAGCGCAAGUACCACUGGAGAUAUUGGCAGCAAGAGCCGCGGAGCUUCACUGGAAGCAGUUUCGGCCGCAGGAGCUCUCCAUUUCCAUGUGGGCUGCGUACACUCUCGGAGUUCAGGGCAGGGGCCCUGCUGUGCGCGCUGUGAAGCGCAUGCUUCAGCAUGCUGCAAGAGAGAUUCGCAACGGGGGGGCUCAGGACUUCGAGCCACGCCACAUCAUGAAUGCGGCCUGGUCACUGGCACGGUGGCAACGGCACUGCCGCUUAUUUGGCUGGCCACAGGAAUUGAAGCCUUACGUGUGUCGACCGGCUUUGCGAGUGCUGCUGAACGUCGCCGCUGCGGAUCUCAGCAAGUUUGCAGCACGAGAGCUCAGCCGCCUAAUGUGGGCAGGUGCGAGUCAGUCUUGCUUGAGGCUGAGAGAAUUGGGACCGCCGCUGCUUCAGUACGUCGAGAGCACAGCGCAGUUGGCGAAGUUCGAUGUAGAUGACUUGGUCAGUCUGGUCACCUCAUUGGCAUGGAUGCUAGAGCGCUUGGUGUGGGAAGCGCCAUCGCGCCGGACGAAAUCAAAGGUGCCACAGCAACUCUCCAGAGUUCCUCGUGCGCCCAUGAGCGAUACAGCGAGGAGACCUGGCAAAAGCGGUACGGCAAGCAGAUAA